AUGGAUAAGAACUUUUAUUUUCCGGAAGUAUUGAGUGCUGGUAGGAAAUGGACAACUCAAUUUUUGAGCAUUUUGGUGUCUCAUAAUACCAGUGAUUUCUCUGUUUGGGUGAUAAAGUUGUUAUUGGGACAACUCGCAGAUUCCUCAGCAAAGGUUGUCCGACACGCGUUGCGUCUGUUACAUCGUUGGAUACCGCACUAUCCAGAGAGUGUUUAUCUAAUCAAAGGCAUACGUUUCGAUGCAUUUGGUGAUGCAGGAACUCUGCUAAAAACAUACCUUUUCUCUAGUGAGAGUUACGUAAAGAACAAUUAUCGUGAUACCCUCGCAACUCUGGAUUAUUGGAAAAGGAAAUUCAAUAUACGUUACGUCGAGAUUAUUGAUGAAGAUGUCAGGGUUGCUUUGUUGGAUUCGAAGCGUUCAAUCGAUGGACGUUAUGCAAGGUCUUCAAAUGAGCGGACUGGCAAACUGGGUGUACCAAUGCCAGUACACCUUUAUGGACAGCUAGCACAACAUGACACUGGUCGUGGACUACUUCUGAGAUCAAAGGAAGUUGAGCGAUUGCUUGAUGUUUUACGUGGCUCACCUUUACCAGCAGAUACUUAUCAGACAUCCAAAUUAAAAGGUGCGCUGUACGCUCUGGGGCAUAUUGUUGUCACUCUGAAUCCGAGUUUUUUGCCCGUGGAAACAGUACCAAUUAUAUGUCGUUUUGCUGAGUGUUGUCCAAUCCUUAGUAUUCGAGGCACAGCUUUCUGGGUCCUUAAUCUUAUUGGCAACACAGAACGUGGUUCUACUUUGCUCCUAUCACUAGGAUGGGAAAGCAGCAACUUUAUUGUCACUAAGAGAAAAUCGAAUAUGUUGCUUUUUAAGGCAGCUAAUAUAGAUAUAAAUAAAAUCUGGAUUCAAUGCAUCGAUGGAAAGCUUCUUUCGCAACAUGAAAUAAGCUUAAAAGAUAAGAGUCCAACAUUUAUCACGGAUAAGAAUGGGAUUGUUUCGUUUAUUGAUAGUAAUGACCUUGCGGAUGGCGUGGGCUAUAAAUCCAAAUGUACCUGUGCAGUAGAUGCAAUAACAAUAAGUGGCCAAGACUCUACAGUGGAUAAGCUCGAUUACGGAGCAUUUUGGUACGGGAAAUUGAAUUAUCCAUUUGGAAUUCGUCAUUUUCCUUGGUGUACGACUUUUGAACCUGAAAAUCAUUUGUUUGACCAUGACACUAUUAGUACAAUGGGAACGACAGAGGAAGAAAUCAUAGAUUGCUUAAUGAUUCGCAGUAAAUUUCGUCUGCCUCCAUUUUCUCUUGAUAGAGCGUUCACAUUUAGCAGUUCUUUUGAGUCUCCAAUAAAUUGUACUGCUAUGUCAAAUGAUAAGUUUUUAUUUUGCUGUGGCUUUCGUUAUCUUAUGGAAAGUGAACAUACAAAACCUUCGAGGAAAUCGGAUUCAGAAACGACAGGAUCUCCGCCAAUCAGCUUGUUCGGUCAGUCCAUAUCACUCCCACGUAGUCCUGAUCUUUUUUUAAGGUCAGAUAUAUUUGUUGAUGAAGAUUUCACUGAACACAACUGUCAUUCAUCACUUUUUAAACGGGAACAUCGCAUCAGUAAUUGCUUUUACUGCUCAUGGCCUGAGGAAUAUUUCGGCAGUAAAAAUUUCUCGGAAUUUGAAGUACCGAGUGAAGCAAGGGAUGAAAUAAUGUCAGUGUUUUUGCCGCAAGGAUCAAAAUGUUCAGUGAGUCCAAAAAAGUUGCUCAAGGUAAUUGGUUGCUACAGUUUUGAUGAUAUUUGGAGUGGUUUCCCGAAACAGGAAAUUCAGCGAAGUAUUCCACAUUCUGAAAUGCCUUGCCGGAGCAAAUCGAAAUACUUUCUUUGCUUGAUCUAA